AUGGAAAUAUCAUCUUGCUUACAAGGUGGCUAUCAUAAGCCAUUAUCCCGGCAGUGGCAGAAUCAGGGCAAGUCACUCGACAAAUCCAUGUUCAUGUACCCAAUUUUCAUCACGGAUGAUCCACAAGCAAGUGAUGAGAUUACUUCUCUCCCCAAUCAGCGUAGAUGGGGUGUCAACAGGCUCGAAGAGUUUCUACGCCCUUUGAUUAGCAAAGGACUCAGCAGCGUUAUUCUAUUUGGUGUUCCUUUCAACAUGAACAAGGAUGGCAGGGGAAGUGCAGCAGAUGAUCCCAACACUCCCGUCAUACAAGCCAUCCACACUCUCAAACGUCUCUUUCCAGACUUAUACAUAGCUUGCGAUGUCUGUUUGUGUGAGUACACAGACCACGGCCACUGCGGACUGCUGCGUGAAGAUGGCACUCUCUUCUCUCACGAGUCUGCUCAGCGUAUUGGCGAGGUGGCGCUAGCAUAUGCUCGAGCAGGCGCUGACUGCGUCGCCCCUUCUGACAUGAUGGAUGGGCGUAUAUCACAAAUCAAGCGUCGUCUCAUAGACUCUGGUUAUGGUAACAGAGUGAUGCUAAUGUCCUACUCUGCAAAGUUCUCCACUUCUCUCUACGGUCCAUUCAGAGAAGCUGCAGGAUCAGCUCCUUCAUUCGGUGAUAGGAAAUGCUACCAAUUACCCCCACACGGUAGAGGUUUAGCAAGACGUGCUGUUCAACGUGACUUAAACGAGGGCGCCGAUUGCGUCAUGGUUAAACCAUCUCUCCCUUACCUCGAUGUGAUAUCAGAUACUGCUCAGCUCGCUCGUGAUUACCCAGUCGCGUGUUAUGUUGUCUCGGGUGAGUUUGCAAUGAUGCACGCCGGUGCUAAGGCGGGUAUAUACGAUUUAAAAAAGAUAGCCUUUGAAACGCAUGAGAGUUUUCUGCGCGCAGGUGCUAACAUAUUCCUCACAUACUUUACACCGGAGUUUCUCGAGUGGUUGUAG